UUUACUGUGGGCAGGGGCCGUACACGAGGCUGUAGCUGCGGCCAUGGUUAAACCAGAGGACUCCCACACCGUGGAGAAACCGUGGAAGUGUUGCGACUGCGGGAGAGGCUUCCAUGCCCCAUCUGUCCUGGAGAUUCAUCGGCGAAGUCACACCGGGGAGAGGCCAUUCUCCUGCCCCGAGUGCGGGAAAGGCUUUACCUGCUCCUCCCACCUGCUGGACCACCGCCGAGUCCACACUGGGGAGAAGCCGUUCUCCUGCCCUGAGUGUGGGAAGGGCUUCACCUACUCCUCCCACCUGCUGGCCCACCAGCGCGUCCAUACUGGGGAAAGACCCUUCCCCUGCUCUGAGUGUGGGAAGGCCUUCAGCAUAUCCUCGGACCUGCUGAAGCACCAACGGGUCCACAGAGGGGAGAGGCCAUUCAGCUGCACUGAGUGCGGGAAGGCCUUCAGUGAUUCCUCUACCCUGCUGAGGCACCAGUGGGUCCACAUCGGGAAAAGGCCGUUCUCGUGCCCUGAGUGCAGGAAGGGCUUCACCCGCUCUUCCGCUCUGCUGACCCAUCUGCGGGUCCACACGGGUGAGAAGCCCUUUAGCUGCCCUGAGUGCAGGAUGGCCUUCAGCAGGUCUUCCCACCUGCUGAGGCACCAGCGAGUUCACACUGGGGAGAGACCGUACUCCUGCCUCCAGUGCGGAAAGUGCUUUACCCAGCCCUCCAACCUGCUGACCCACCAGCGGAUCCACACCCGCGAGAGACCAUUCUCCUGCCCCGAGUGCGGGAAGGGUUUUGCUGUUUCCUCUAACCUCGUGGCCCACCGGCGGGUCCACACAGGGGAGAGGCCAUUCAGCUGCCCCGAGUGCGGGAAGGCCUUCAGCAAUUCCUCUGCCCUGCUUAGGCACCAGCGCGUUCACACCGGAGAGAAGCCGUUUUCCUGCCUAGAGUGCGGGAAGGGCUUUACCCGCUCCUCCACACUGCUGACCCACCAGCGGGUCCACACAGGGGAGAAACCAUUCAGCUGCCCCGAGUGCAGGAAGGCCUUCAGCGAUUCCUCUGCCCUGCUGAAGCAUCAGCGAGUCCACACCGGGGAGAGGCCCUUCAGCUGCCCUGAGUGCGGGAAGAGGUUUACAUUUUCCCGCAACUUGCGGAAGCACCAGCGGGGGCACCAGCGGUCACGGCAAUCAGAUUCCACCACUGACACUGCCGUGAUUCCCCCCCAGGACUGA